AUGGCAAGAACGGACCAGGUCAGAGUUAGUAUCGUGAGCGGACGUCAACAGCUACGGGAGCAUGAUCCACCCAACGAUGAUCUGUCAUCUAUUGGCGCUGACGAGCUGGAGUGGCCUCUGGUCACAAAGGUGAAGUACAUUGAAGCGAUCGCCGGUGCUAAGUUCACGAUCAGAUGUGAGGUCAAGCCCGGCUUUCAAUUCGGCAAUGCAAACUGUCUCGACUUUGAUAUCUGGGUGGAUGGACAGAGAAUUAUGGGAACGAUGUGCCCCAAGUCGCUGGUCAAGUCCAGCAGAUACGGUUGGACCGAAAACUACAGCGGAGAGGACUUCUGGACAGGGACAUCCUGGGCAAGACGACCUUUCCGUUGGAGUAACCUCGUUACCACCGACAGUAGUUACAGCGCCGAAGAGACGGAGAAGUAUCACAACAUCGGUACUAUCCAAGUCGAGGUCUGGCGGUGCUGGGAAGAAGAGAUAGUACCCAAAGAACGCCGUAAGGUUUACGACACUGUGGAGAGCGUCCCCGAGAAGAUUGUGAAAGGCGCAGCUCUUGAUAUGUGUACCAAGUGA